AUGCUUCUCUUGCUCUUCAAUAAGGACCGUCGCUUAAAACAAAAAGACAUCGAAAUCCUCGACCUCAAAUCUCAAACCCACGCCCAAACAUUACAAAAGGAAGCCGCUGAAGCCGCCGAAAUGCACGAGGCGAUUGCCGCCAUCACAGCCCAGCGCGAUGCGCGACUUGCCACCCGCGACCGGUUCAAACAGCAAAUCGACGAGACCCAGAGGACUAUCAACCAGCGCUUGGAGGCGCAGAAGGCACAUUCCAGGCAACUCGACGCCCAGGCGCGCCUGAAUACACCCGAGCUGGAGUUCUGGCAGGAUUACCUGUGCCUGCGGAUUGAAGGAGCUGGGCGUGAGGACCGGCUUCGGAUAGUCUACACACACUUAGUGGAGAAGGAUUGGGAGCGCGAGGCGUGGUUUGAGCUGGGGACGGCGAGUAGAGAUUAUGAAGUUUUCCACUGUCGGCCGAAGCUGGAGAGGGCGGUGGUGGAGCAGGAGUUAAUGGUUGUGAAUGAUGAUAGGGAUUUUGGGGCCUUUUUGAAGAGGAUGAGGAGGUUGUUUGUGGCGGCUAUGAAGUGA